AGUGGAAGAGAGAGAGAGAGAGAGAGAGAGAGAGAGUGGAGUGAGAGAAAGCCGACCGCGCUGUCAGAGUCUCUCUAGGGGAUUCCGAGAACAAAAAUAAAAGAAAAAGAAAAUAAAAAAUCCGAAAAAGGAAAGAGAGAGAGAGUCGGGGAUGGAUGCGGUGACAUUCGGUAUUAUAGUCGGCAUAAUCAUCCUCUUUUUCGUUUCAGUUAUUGUUAUGACCAUCGAAGGCACUUGCAAGCGCCGUCCUUCUUCUUAAACCCUCCCUCCCGACGGACGGGCUUCAACUACUCCGCCAACCACCGACCUUAAAUUCGAUAUUUACAAUAAAACCCCCAUCUUAACCGACAAGAUUAUUAGGGUUUCUCAGAAAAUGGCGCUUUGUAAGAAAGGUUUGGUCUUGGUUGCUCUUGCUUUGGUUGUUGGGCUCUGUUCGGAUCUGAGUUUUGUUUCUGGGUUCCUUGCAUCUGCUGCUCACGAGCCUCACACUCACCACCAGGGUUGCAGUCAUGCGCACCACGACCACCAUGACCACGGCCACAGUCACGGCAGCCUCCACGGCCACGACGAGGAGGAUGAUAGAUUACUGCCGAGAUCGAAGCUUCCCGAGGAAUUGGCCGAGGAAGAGGACAUGAAGUUGUACGGAUUUGAAUUUCACGAUCACGAGCAUUUUGGUGCUCUGCAGCUCUCAGUUGCUGGUCUCUGGAUUCAGUCCUUGGGGUGCUCGCUUUUGGUGAGCAUGGCCUCCCUUAUCUGCCUGAUUAUCUUGCCAGUGAUGUUCGUACAGGGGAAACCAUCCAAGGCAGUUGUUGAUUCGUUGGCUAUAUUUGGGGCUGGAGCAAUGUUGGGGGAUGCUUUUCUUCAUCAAUUACCGCAUGCUUUUGGAGGAGGGCACUCUGACUCACAUGACCACCAUGAAGGCCAUUCCCAUUCUCAUUCGCAUGAGCAUUCACAUUCGCAUUCUUUGGAAGAUCUUUCAGUAGGAUUAUCUGUCCUGGCGGGAAUUGUAUUAUUUCUUCUGGUAGAAAAGACAGUGAGGUAUGUUGAGGAAAACUCUGGAGGAACUAAUUCAUGGAGUCAUGGUCAUCAUCACCAUCAUCAUAUGAACAGCAAGAAACUGAAGGAUGAUAAUGAUUCUCACGAUGACUUGCAUUCAGAAUCUUCCAAUGGAAAAGAUAGAUGGAAGCUGAAGACAUCUGACGGAGAAGUGGCAUCUGAUGGUUUAAACGAUUCUUUGAUCGAAAAUACUCAACAGGACUCUCAUAUUCGUAAGAGAAACACUAGGACUGGUGGGAGUGAUGAUACAGAUGUAGAUCCUGCAAAUGAUUCCACUUCUGAGGCCAAGUCCGCAAAAGGGGAAACUACUCAGUCACCCUCAAAUCUUGUGUUUGGCUAUCUCAAUCUCUUCUCGGAUGGUGUUCACAAUUUUACAGAUGGGAUGGCUUUAGGGAGUGCAUUCCUGCUUCAUGGAUCUGUUGGUGGGUGGUCUAGAACUCUAUUCUUGCUUGCGCAUGAGAUUCCCCAAGAGGUCGGUGAUUUUGGUAUUCUCGUAAGGUCUGGUUUCAGCGUAUCUAAAGCUCUGCUCUUCAACUUUCUCUCAGCACUUGUGGCACUACUUGGAACCGCAAUGGCUCUGAUUUUGGGACAGAAUGCAGGACAGUCAUCUUUGAUUGAGGGCUUUACAGCUGGUGGAUUUAUAUACAUUGCUGUUGCUGGAGUGCUUGCUGAAAUGAACAGCAACGGCGGCUCAUCGUUGAAAAGCACGGCUGUACAAUUAACUGCAUUGAUACUUGGCAUGGGAGUUGCACUAUGUAUAUCACUUUUUGAAUGAAAUUUUGUUCAGAAACCGGAGCGCGACUAUCCAAAUGUACUUCACAGGUAUCAGUGUUUUGCAGGCUGCUAAUUGUGAAAUGAAUGUGGAAAAGGGACGGGAAGAUGUAGAAAAGAUGAACGUGGUUAACCUUGCCGCGAUAUUGUACUGGGAACUCUCCGUGGGAGACGGUGAACUUGCUUUUUUUCCUCUCCGGUUUUUUCAUAUCUGUUUCUUUUCAGAUACUACUAUAUCAAGGACCUGAUUUUUAUAAUGAAAUUGAUCAUAUUCUAUGCC